CCUCCGUCCUCCAGCAUCCAUGUGCCAGACGCACUCAGAUCGAAAGGACUCCUGGAAAACGUCUCUUACGUCCUGACUCGCUUCUGAAACUCAGUCGCGUUGAAACUGAGCUCAGAUCAGCUGUUAGCGUGAAUCUGUCCGGACACUUUGCGAGAGACCCGAGCCUCCAGAACUCCUCUCAGGACCCGCUGCUGAGAGAGACCCGAGCCUCCAGACCUCCUCUCAGGACCCGCGGCAGGAUUUGGGAUUUCUUUUUUGUUUGUCUGUUUUCAUCCACGGACUCCUGUCUCCUGCGCGUCUUUGUCAUUGUAAUGUCGGUGUGACCUGUGCGCGUCUGGCUGAUCGCCGCUUUGCAUUUCAGCGCAAACACACACACUGAGCCGCUGGAAUAAAGACGCAGGAGAAACGUGGAUCUUGUUGCUCUUCUCCUUUCCCUCUGGAUUGAUUGUAUUCCUCCGUGUUCGCUGUGAGUUUCCCUGGAGAAGCUGGAGGAUGUUGCUCCGCUGCCGGAUCCCUCCCUCCUGGUCCACCUGUAGGCUUUUCUUCUGCUUUGUGUUGCUGCUCCAAACGCCCCGGUCCUCCUCUCCGCUAAUUACAGGUACCGAGGCCAGCUGUGAGAACGAGGGAGAAGUCCUCCACAUCCCCAACAUCACGGACAACCCCUGCAUCACCUGCGUCUGCCUGGAGGGUAAGGCGGACUGUAAGCAGGAGAAAUGUCCUCUGGUUUCUGAGGAUUGUGCUCUGGUGGUGAAACAGACCGGCGCCUGCUGUGAGCGAUGUAAAGGGUGCAUGUUGGACGGACGAACUUACAACAGCUCAGUUUCCUGGACCACCUCCACCAAACCCUGCAUCAACAGACGCUGCCAGGUGUGUGUGUGUGUGUGUGUGUGUGUGUGUGGAGGGCGGACUCUCUGCAUGAGGGAGGUGUGUCCCGUCCUCUCAUGCCCCGCCCACCUCAGCCACACCCCCCCCGGACAGUGCUGCCCCAGAUGUCUCGGUCAGAGGAAGGUGUUUGAUCUGUACUCAGGAAGCUGUCUGUUCCACAGUGAAGUGUUUGAGAACGGCACGUCCUUCUCACACGACAACUGCACCACCUGCACCUGCAAGGAUUCAACGGUGGUGUGCAACAAGCAGUGCUCUCGUCCUGGGAGUUGCCAAGGCGACCAUUGCUGUGACGAGUGUCUGUCCUACGUGAAGGUGGAGGAGGUGAAGUACUGCAGAGUCAGAAACAAGAUCUACAGGGAAGGAGACAUGUGGUCGUCCGUUAACUGCACUCUGUGUGCCUGCGUCAAAGGAAACAUUGAGUGUCGCCCAAAACAGUGUGUGCCAAUCAGCAGCUGCCCCUCGAAUAAGAUCCUGAACAGGACCGGCUGCUGUCCCGUCUGCACUGAAAAGCCGGGUGUGUGCACGGUGUUUGGAGACCCUCACUACAACACCUUCGACGGCAGGACCUUUAACUUCCAGGGCACCUGUCAGUACGUCCUGACUCGAGACUGUGGCUCCGCCCCCUCUGGAGGAGCAGGGAACUCCGUCAGCGGCACGGACUCCAGCUUCAUGGUGUUGGUGAAGAACGACGCCCGGCGGACGCGCUCCUUCUCCUGGACUCAGUCGGUGGAGAUCCGGCUGGGCGGGCUGGUCCUCGGGCUCCACCAGCACCUCACGGUCCGGAAGAACGGGUCCCGCAUCGCCCUGCCCUACCACGGCCCCGGGGUGCACAUCGACCUGGACGGGUACCUGCUCAAACUCACCACCAUCGCAGGUCUGGAGAUCACGUGGGACGGAGACAGUUUCGUUGAAGUGGUCGCGGCCCCCCACCUGCGAGGACGUCUCUGUGGCCUCUGUGGAAACUACAACGGCCACAAGCGUGACGACACCAUGGGGGGCGACGGGCAGUUCAAGUUCGACGUGGACGAGUUUGCCGAGUCGUGGCGAAUGGAGGGGAACGAGGUUUGCUCCCAGCAGCCCCCCCCCCGCCGGCCGGCCUCCUUCCUGUGUCCCGGCAGCGUCAAGGUCAAAUUCCGCGCUCAUCGAGAGUGCCAGAAGAUAAAGCUGUGGGAGUUCCAGAAGUGCCACCGUGUGAUCGACUUCGCCCCUUUCUACAGGUCGUGUGUGACGGACAUGUGUGAGUGUCCGGUCCAUAAGAACUGUUACUGUGAGUCCUUCAUGGCGUACAGCCGGGCCUGCGAGAGGGAGGGAGCGCCCGUCGUCUGGAGGGCCGACACCUCCUGCAUGGCCACGCAGUGUAAACACGGCGCUGUGUACGACACCUGCGGCCCCGGCUGCACCAAAACCUGCGACAACUGGAACGAGAUCGGUCCGUGCCACAAGCCCUGCGUGGCCGGCUGCCACUGCCCCGCCAACCUGGUGCUGUUCCAGGGCCGCUGCAUCAAACCCACGUCCUGCCCCGGCCGGUGACCCCUGACCCCGGAGGGAUGCGGGGGGGGGGGGGGCAGGGCAGGUUAUAGAGACAGAAUAUAAAGGGGGCCAAAGAAGCAGAGAAAGGUCUGAUGUGGACGGAUCAGAUGGGAUACGGUACUCAGGGUCCAGAUUGAUCUGAUUUAGACAUUCGAGGGGAUUUGGUGAAGAACUUCCUCCAGCUUCUCGUCCCGUCACAAAACCAAUUUCCGCCCCCCGGAGUUUACAAUUUCUCUAAGGGGAAGAACUGAUGAGAUAACCCCCCAUGUUUUCGAUAUUUUACGUUCUCCUACUCCUGAGGAACGUUGGUCCACGCUGCCAUGGACCCUCAGGAAACUACGUGGGCCACUGGACUCCUGCUCGAGCCAAAAUGGCGUCCACAUUGUCCCUCACAGACACUCAAAAAGUGAGAAAUCUGCAUUUUGGAAUAAGGAGAUUCUGAUGCCUCCAUGUUGCAUCAUUUCAUACUGUAAGCUAGCCAGAUUUAUAUGAAAGACAGACAGCUUUUAUAUUAUUAUUAUUAUUGUUCUAAUUAUUAUUAUUAUUAAUAUUAUUAUUUUUUGUUGUUGAUGUUAAUUUAUAUAUCGGUUAAAAUGACAUGUCGUAGCAAGAGCCAGAAUCAUGAGUAUAAUUGCGUUAUAAAUGAUUUUUAAAGGGAAACAAAAGCUAUUUAUGUAUUUGUUGUGAACUCUUGUGUUACUGUUUGAAGAGAAAUGCCCAAAUGUGACUCAGUUGUUGCACCAUCGCAGGGAAAAAGUACUGUAUUGUAAUAAUAAGCCACGUGUACAGGUCGUUGUGGUUCGUACCAAACUGAAGGUGUUUACUGAGCAUAUGUUUCACUUGACGAUGAUUAUUUAAGACCAGCAAUAUAAUCUUUUAUCGAAGUUCA